GGUGAGGGCUGUGACUGGACGUCCCUCCUGGCACUUUGCCUCUGUCCCCUCCAUCCCCCGCCAGCAUUUUUCCUCCCCCCGCUUCCUCCAGCUCGUCCCAAGCCUGCCUGUCCCCAGCAUGGAGGCGGGACAGUGGAAGAGUGGCUGAGGCUGGAGUUUGGAGUUUGACCCGCUUGGAGGCUCUCAGCAGCAGGCAUAUAAGAGGAAGGUCACUGCUGUCUCUGGAAGCUCUUGGCUGCAAAGGGAGAGGAUCCUGGGUGUCUCCCUCCUUACAGCCAUCGCCACCUUCUAGUGCCUUAGAAGCCACUGACAGCCCCCAGGGCAGGUGAGCCCUGCAUCUGAAAUAAGGAUCCUGAGGUCUCGUUCAGGACCAUGGAGAGCGGCACCAGCAGGCCUCAGCCUCCGCAGACAGAUCUCCUGGAUGCAUUUCCCCAGAACGGCUUGGAGCCCGGGGACAUCGCGGUGCUGGUUCUGUACUUCCUCUUUGUCCUGGCUGUUGGACUAUGGUCCACAGUGAAGACCAAAAGAGACACAGUGAAAGGUUACUUCCUGGCUGGAGGAGACAUGGUGUGGUGGCCAGUGGGUGCAUCCUUGUUUGCCAGCAAUGUUGGAAGUGGACAUUUCAUUGGCCUGGCAGGGUCAGGUGCUGCUACGGGCCUUUCUGUAUCAGCUUAUGAGCUUAAUGGCUUGUUUUCUGUGCUGAUGUUGGCCUGGAUCUUCCUCCCCAUCUACAUUGCUGGUCAGGUCACCACGAUGCCGGAAUACCUACGGAAGCGCUUCGGUGGUGUCAGAAUUCCCGUCAUCCUGGCUGUACUCUACCUAUUUAUCUACAUCUUCACCAAGAUCUCGGUAGACAUGUAUGCAGGUGCCAUCUUCAUCCAGCAGUCUUUGCACCUGGAUCUGUACCUGGCCAUAGUUGGGCUGCUGGCCAUCACUGCUGUAUACACGGUUGCUGGUGGCCUGGCUGCUGUGAUCUACACGGAUGCGCUGCAGACACUGAUCAUGCUUAUAGGAGCGCUCACCUUGAUGGGCUACAGUUUCGCCGCAGUUGGUGGGAUGGAAGGCCUGAAGGAGAAGUACUUCUUGGCCCUGGCCAGCAACCGGAGCGAGAACAGCAGCUGCGGGCUGCCCCGGGAGGAUGCCUUCCAUAUUUUCCGAGAUCCACUGACAUCUGAUCUCCCGUGGCCAGGGGUCCUGUUUGGAAUGUCCAUCCCAUCCCUCUGGUACUGGUGCACGGAUCAGGUGAUUGUCCAGCGGACCCUGGCUGCCAAGAACCUGUCCCAUGCCAAAGGAGGUGCUCUGAUGGCUGCGUACCUGAAGGUGCUGCCCCUCUUCAUAAUGGUGUUCCCUGGGAUGGUUAGCCGCAUCCUCUUCCCAGAUCAAGUGGCUUGUGCAGAUCCCGAGAUGUGCCGGAAGAUCUGCAGCAACCCCUCGGGCUGUUCUGACAUCGCGUAUCCCAAACUCGUGCUGGAACUCCUGCCCACAGGGCUCCGUGGGCUGAUGAUGGCUGUGAUGGUGGCGGCUCUCAUGUCCUCCCUCACCUCCAUCUUUAACAGUGCCAGCACCAUCUUCACCAUGGACCUCUGGAAUCACCUCCGGCCUCGGGCAUCUGAGAAGGAGCUCAUGAUUGUAGGCAGGGUGUUUGUGCUGCUGCUGGUCCUGGUCUCCAUCCUAUGGAUCCCUGUGGUCCAGGCCAGCCAGGGUGGCCAGCUCUUCAUCUACAUCCAGUCCAUCAGCUCCUACCUGCAGCCGCCCGUGGCGGUGGUCUUCAUCAUGGGAUGUUUCUGGAAGAGGACCAAUGAAAAGGGUGCCUUCUGGGGCCUGAUCUCGGGCCUGCUCCUGGGCUUGAUUAGGCUGGUCCUGGACUUUAUUUACGUGCAGCCUCGGUGCGACCAGCCAGAUGAGCGCCCGGUCCUGGUGAAGAGCAUCCACUACCUCUACUUCUCCAUGAUCCUGUCCACGGUCACCCUCAUCACUGUCUCCACCGUGAGCUGGUUCACAGAGUCGCCCUCCAAGGAGAUGGUCAGCCACCUGACCUGGUUUACUCGUCAUGACCCCGCGGUCCAGAAGGAACCAGCGACACCAGCAGCUCCCUUGUCUCUUGCCCUCUCUCAGAACGGGAUGCCAGAGGCCAGCAGCAGCAGCAGAGUCCAGUUCGAGAUGGUCCAAGAAAACGUGUCUAAAACCCACAGCUAAUCAGCAAUGAUGAACACAUGCUACAUUCUGGGCAGGAUGUCAGCACGGAUGUUCCUCGUCCCCAGGUGCCAACAGCAUCUCCUUGACAAGCGCCUACGUCCCUGCUUCCUCUGGAGGACAAGUUCAGGCAUCAUGAUGGGAGCAUCUCCGAGGCUCCAUGGAGACACCUGACCGUGGACAGCCAGGCUCCUGGAGAAGGUGCUCAACAUGGAGAAUCGGCCUAUACAAAGGCUUCACUUUCUCUGCAGGGUUUGUUCUGUGGCUAAUGGAGGGGACAGAAAAUUAACAACACACGGGUGGCACAGGGGAAGAGUGAGCCCUAAGCCGAUGAACAUUCAAGAUAUGGGGGCAAAUGGGCUUACAGGAGCAUAUUUUCAAGGUAAUUAAUGUAGGGAGUACUUUGAAGGCAUAGGAAACUGAGUAAAGAUGAAAAUGUGGGCUGCGCAUGGUGGCUCACACCUGUAAUCCCAGCACUUUCAGAGGCUGAAGUGGGAGGACUGCUUGAGGCCAGAACUGAAGACCAGCCUGGGCAACACAGCAAGAUCCCUGUCUCUAGAAAAGAUUAUUUAAAAAUUAGUUGGGUGUACUGCCAUGCACCUGUAGUCUCAGCUACUCGGGAAGCUGAGUUGGGAGGAUGGUUUGAGCCCGGGAGUUUGGAGGCUGCGGUGAGUUAUGACUGUGCCACUGCACUCCAGCCUGGGCCAUGGAGUGAGAUCUGUUUCAAAAAAACAAGGGAAAUGUGAUUGCCCUUUUUAAAUCAGGCUUAUGUCAGUUUGUAGUGGAAAGAGGUCCAGUGUCUUCUAAACAGGGACUUAGACACUGACACACUUAGCAAACUUGAUCAAUAGAAGGCUCAGGGCAGCCAACUCUGGCAGCAUGUCCUGCUCUGUUCCCGAGAGAAAACGGCCUUAUCUGGGUCACAGGGAAGGAAGGUGCUAUCAUGAGACGAGCUGUCCAGAGCCUCAGUCUCACUUUGUUCCAAUUCCCCAUCAGCUCUCCCCUAGUAUUUCAAUCCUGGCAGAGACGGAAUAAUUUUCACGCCUUGGAUAGGGCAUGAAAGCACCAGCCAUUGGAAGAGGGGCUCUCCAUGGCAAUUUACAGCUGCUGACGAAUGCACCGACCCAGUGUGGCUGAGCUCCUGUAAGCUGCUCCGGGAGUCUGAGUAUCUCUAGAUGGAAAGAAAGGGAUGCCAGCACUGGGAGGACCAAGGGUGCAGCCUCGACCAGAACCUGCACCGAGGGAUGGCCAGUCUAGGAGGUCUCUGGGGCACCUGGUGGCCUUUUUCACUGCUGUGACCUUGCUCUCUGUUUCUUCAAACUCCUACAGCUACAAUUAGAC